AUGUCCACAUAUGAUAAUGUGCUGGGUAAUUUUAUCUCGCAUUCGAAUGAUUUAAGUGAUGUUGAUGAUGACUAUGAAGAUUCAGGUUCUGAACCAGAACCUGAAAUGGGUCUCAAUCGUAAUACUAAAAAGUAUUCUCAAAUUAAUGCAAUCGAUGAACGAACUCAAUUUGUUGAAUCAUUACUUAGUGAACACCGUGGUUCAAUCUCUUUGGCUACUAGUGAAGCUUCAUUAACGACUGCGUCGAGCACUAAUCGUGCAAGUCGAAUGUCAACAUCAAAAACGAUUGAUAAUCGUCCCAAACAUUUGAUAUUGGGUAAUUUUGAAUUAUCUAAUGUUAUCGAUUGUGAAGAAUAUGUUCUCUGUUGUAAAUAUAGUCCACACGAUGAUGCAUUUGCUGUUGGAUUAGGUAAUGGUACAAUUAAAAUUUAUUCGAAAUCAGGUCAAUUUCAAUAUGCUCUUUCGGAUAAUGAUACAAAAACUCGACGUUAUCCUGUAACAUGUCUGAAAUUCUAUGCAAAUAAAGAUGAUUUAAAAGUUGAUCAUCAAAAAAUGUUAGCUGCUACAUAUACUGCUGGUUAUGUUAAAGUUUGGCAUUACCCAACUCAACAAUGUGUUUUUACAUUUAAUGAAAAAGAACGACAACCAUUAGCACUUGAUUUCAACAGCACCUAUACACAUUUAUUCGUUGCUGGUAGUGAUUGUGCAAUCAAUUGCUAUGAUUUUACAACAAAAAAAUUAAUUUGUAAAUUACAGGCAUCAGAAAACCGAGAACAUAUGGAUGGUCAUAAAAAUCGUAUUCAUGCUAUUCGUUCACAUCCAACCAUAGAAACUAUUUUUCUUACGGGUGGUUGGGAUGAAACUAUUCAUUAUUGGGAUGAGCGUGCACCACAUUCACAAAAACAUUUUUCUGGUCCAUAUUUAUGUGGUGAUGCUUUAGAUAUUAUAGCUGAAAAUCAAGUUAUUUUAACAGGUUCUUGGAGAAAAUAUUCAACAUUACAAAUUUGGGAUUUUUCAACAGGUGAACUAAUCAAAGAUGCUUUUCAAAAUCAUGCUACAUCAAUGGUAAAAUACAUUUUAUGUGCUGGAAAUGAUAAAAAUGAAUCUAUUAUUUAUGAUUAUUCAAAAUUACAGAUGGUUGGUGGUAUAACAGACCUUGAAAGUGCUGUUUAUUGUGCUGAUACAGAUGUCAAUCGACCGAAUAUGAUUGUUGGUUCAGCAAAAAAUAUUUUUAUUGUCAAUGACAAAUCUCGUCUUAGAUAA